AUUCCCUUUCUCUGCAUGUUCGGUCCCCCGUUCCCGUAUCGGGUCUUCACGGCUGACGUUCCCCUCCCUCCCUUCGUCCGUGCUCUACUGUGCCAGCAAACCCAGGCAGCAAAGUUCCACAUUGAUCUAUAAAGUCUUGACGCCAUUGCUAAUGGACGCAACAGACGCUCCUGAGCAGCCUUCCAAAUCCAAAGAUGGGCCUGAAUUUGACCCAAGCAGAAUGAUUGGCAUCAUCAAAAGAAAGGCCUUGAUAAAAGAACUAGCUGCUGCUUACCAUGCUGAGUGUCUGGCCUACUGUCAGAAACUUCAACAACUUCAAAGAAAAUGGGAAGAGGAGCAGCAGUACAUCAAAAGGAAAACUCCGCAGGAGGUCGGCCUUGGCAAAUCGAAGGCAAAGCCCUCUAAGCGUCAAAAGAAAAGGCCAUAACAUAAGGUUGGAAAGGACAGGUAUUGUGAGAGUUCCUUGAGCCCUAAAAGGAGAUCAAGAAAGUGCAUCAGAUAGAAGAGUUGUGUUGAUCUAAUCUACAAUGACUAGAUAGUACAGGGACAGGAGUGCCAAUCAGGUGUGACCAAAUUUUAUUUUUGUUUUUUUUUGUUGGGAAGGAAACUUCUUCUGAUUGUCUAUCUAAAUCAUAAUUGUAGACCAUACGUUAAUCAAUAGAUGGAACUAAAGGAAAGAUGGCAAGGAAAGAAAAAGGAGGAUGAUGGAAUUGAGAGAGAAACUUGUCACCAUCUAAAAUACAAUAUCAUAAUGU